ACAUGGCAGAACAAGGAUGGGUACUGCAGAAGAGAGACAUUUGGAAAAAGCACAGCAAAAGCAAAAGAGCACAAGACCAUUAUGAUGAUCGGAGCCACGGGUGCAGGGAAAACCACUCUAAUAAACAGCAUGAUUAACUACAUUCUGGGCGUACAAUGGAAAGACAACUUCCGGUUUAUAUUAAUAGAUGAAGGAAAGCAGAAAUCCCAGGCUGAAAGUCAGACAUCAGCCAUCACAGCCUAUCAAAUUAAUCACAUGGAUGGAUUUCAGGUUCCAUAUAGUCUGACCAUUGUGGACACACCAGGCUUUGGUGAUACAAGAGGAAUUUCACAUGACCAGAAGAUCACAAAGCAGAUUCAAGAGUUUUUUUCUCAACCUGGAGGAAUUGACCAGAUUGAUGCUGUGUGUUUCGUAGUACAGGCCUCACUUGCCCGCCUGACACACACACAGAAAUACAUCUUUGACUCCAUUCUUUCCAUAUUUGGGAAGGAUAUUGCUGACAACAUCAUUAUUCUGGUCACAUUUGCAGAUGGAAACAAACCUCCAGUUCUUGAAGCCAUCAAAGUCUCUCAGGUGCCCUGUUCUACCGAUAAAUCUGAAGAGCCACUUCACUUCAAGUUUAACAACUCUGCCCUUUUUAUCACAAAUAACAAAUCUGAGGAAGCUGAGGAUGAGGAGCCUGAUUUUGGAAACUUUGAUCAAAUAUUCUGGAAGUUGGGUAAUUCCAGUUUAAGAAAAUUCUUCAUAUCUCUUAAACAGAUGAAAACCAAGAGUUUGUCUUUGACACAGGAGGUCCUUAAAGAGCGACAACAACUAGAAACGCUUGUGGAAGGUCUCCAGCCCCAGAUCAAUGCUGGUCUUUCAAAACUGGAUGAAAUAAAGAAGACAAGUGCUGCUCUGGAACAGCACAAGGCUGAAAUGGAUGCAAACAAGGAUUUCGAAUAUGAAGUAGAGGUAGUUCUUCCAAAAAAGAUCGAAAACACCACAGGCAGAUUCUUGACCAACUGCCAAAAAUGUUAUUUUACAUGUCAUGAUAACUGUGUUUAUGCAAACGACAUGGAUAAACACAUGUGCUAUGCCAUGACCGAUGGAUAUUGUCGGAUCUGUCCUGGAAAGUGUGUUUGGAAUGUUCACUUCAAUCAAAAAUAUAAAUGGGAAUAUGUCCCAGAGAAGGUAAAAAAAACCUAUGAUGAGUUGAAACAGCGAUUUGAGGAUGCACAUGGAGAAGUCAUGUCAAAAGAAAAGAUCUUUCAAAUGCUUGACACAGAGUUUGAGGUUGUGCAAAUUGCUGUGGUCCGUCUAAUUGGAAAAUCCCAAAAGUCCUUAGAGCGACUGCAGGACAUCGCACUUAAGCCCAACCCUCUUUCCACACCUGACUACAUAGACCUUUUGAUCGAGGCGGAGAAACAAGAAGCCAAGUUUGGAUUUCAAGAUCGCAUAAUUUCUUUAAGGAAAGUCAGGCAGCAGGCAGAGACUAUGAGUAAGGUUUCCACGGGAGAAGUCCUUCCAGAUGAUUGGAAAGCUUACACCAUCCAGAAGAGCAAAGGCAAAUAUCUUACAAUACCCAAGGACUGUAAAAUCAUGUAAAAAAAUAUUUCACAAGAAAAAAAUGAAGCUAAGUGCUCAACCCU